GAUACAUAAUAAUAUUGUUGUAAUCUUGUGCUAUUCAAAAUAUUGAAAUAUCAGUUUUAAUAAUUUGUUACAAUAAUAUAAUAUUAUUUACAUAAAGAAAUUUAUCAAUAACAAUGUACAAAAUAAGGUUAUUUGUUGCACAAAAUAAAACUACAAUUUAUAAUAAUAUUAUUCGAAAUAUUGUUAGUCUUUCCAUGUUACCAGAGACUCAUCAGAUGUUACAUAAAACAUGCAGAGACUUUGCAGAAGAAGAAUUAAAGCCUUUAGCAACAGAAAUUGACAAAAAACAUCUUUAUCCAGAAAAACAAGUUAAAAAGAUGGGAGAAUUGGGUUUAAUGAGUAUAGCAAUUCCUGAAAAUUUAGGUGGAACUGGACUAGAUUAUUUAGCUUAUGCUAUUGCAUUAGAAGAAAUAUCUAGAGGUUGUGCUAGUACAGGUCUCAUAAUGAGUGUACAUAAUUCUCUUUAUUUAGGACCUAUACAAAAAUUUGGCAAUAAAGAUCAAAUAAAAAAAUAUAUUACCCCCUUUACAACUGGUAAUAAGAUUGGAUGUUUUGCCCUUAGUGAACCAGGCAAUGGUAGUGAUGCAAGUGCUGCUUCUACUAUUGCUAAAUUAAAUGGAUCUAAUUAUUUAAUUAACGGUACUAAAUCAUGGAUAACAAAUGCUUAUGAAUCAGAUGCAAUUAUUCUAUUUGCUACAACGGACAAAUCUAAAAAGCAUAAAGGUAUAAGUGCAUUUAUAGUUGAUAAAACUACAGAAGGUCUUUUUGUUGGUAAAAAAGAGGAUAAAUUAGGUAUUUGUGGUAGCAGUACCUGUUCAUUAAUAUUUGAAGAUUGUAAAUUACCAAAAGAAAAUUUAUUAGGAGAAUCAGGAAUGGGUUUUAAAAUUGCAAUGACGACUUUGGAUGCUGGUAGAAUUGGCAUUGCUGCUCAAGCAUUAGGCAUAGCUCAAGCAUCUCUCGACUGUGCAAUCGAGUACGCGGCAAAACGACAAGCAUUUGGUAGUUCUAUUAUUAAAUUACAAACAAUUCAACAAAAAAUUGCUGACAUGUCAUUGAGAUUAGAAAGUUCAAGAUUAUUAACAUGGCGAGCAGCUGCACUUAAAGAUAAUAAUAAAUCAUAUACAAAGGAAGCUGCUAUGGCAAAAUUAUCAUCAUCUGAAACAUCUACUUUCUGUGCGCAUCAAUGCAUGCAAAUUUUAGGUGGUAUGGGUUACGUUAGUGAUAUGCCAGCAGAACGUUAUUAUAGAGAUGCACGCAUUACUGAAAUUUAUGAAGGUACAUCAGAGAUACAAAGAUUAGUUAUAGCUGCAAAUGUUAUCAAAGAAUACAAUCUUAAUUGAAAUAUUUAAAUGCGACAUAUAUUUUUCUACUGAAGUUCUUCAUAUGCAAACAAAAUAUUUUUUAUAUAUUUUAUUAAUUUUAUAUAUUUAUAUUUUUAUCCUUUACGAAGAA